UCUCUCUCUCUUUGGCGGCGACGGCGGUGGCGGCCAUGCAGUGUCGUGAGAGGUACGACCACUUGAUCUUGCGCGGCGAAGGUGGGGAGGACAUUGUGAGGAAAGGAGCGUGAUAGUGCCACGGACGUGUGAGGACGGGAAAAUGGGUGGACUAGGGUUUGUGUGUGGGAAGGGGGGUUGUCGGCCGGUCGGACAUCAAUGCAGGUAGGCGGAGCAGCGUGCCGUGCAGGGUUUUGGAUGGCACCAAGGUGUCAAAGUCUAAAGUGACGGACGUCUGGACUCCCUUCUUGAUUUGGGGUUGGGGGAUUUCAACGCCCAGAUUGAUCAUGCCUAAUUUGAACGGCUGUGUUGGUGGCCUAAAAAUGUCCGGACCGUAGGAGAUUUGGGCGGCAGCGUUGGAAACAGGCGCGGUAUCUUAGCCGCGCGCUGAAAAAACCCAUUUUUUUUACGCGCAUGGAGCCGAAACGGGCGCUCCAGCAGCCGCACAAUAAUCACGCGAGCGGAGGGAAACGGCAUCGCGCGCGGUGUAUUUGAUGCGCCCGCUCCCGUCUGUUGGACAACGACGAUCCGCGCGCGAUUUCACCAACCGCCAGAUCUGAGACCUCCAGGUGCUCGCCGCCGCCCGCACCUUCCCCAUUCGCUCCGGUGACCCGUCGACGCUUCCCCUGCCUAUCUCCGCGCCGCUGCUUCCUCCACCUUCUCUCCUUGCUGCCGCCCCUCGAGCACACCAUUCCUCCGACGAACAGCGCUCGACGAUCGUUUGCGGCUCCGCGCCGACAAGGUGUUUGACAAAACGCUUUCAAGGAAGAAGAAACCAAGAAGAAGAAGAAGAUGAUGUCUGCAAAGAAGAGAUCCAUGUCUGGAAAAGGGAAGAGGCGAAGCGCCAGGUUGCUCAAGCUCGAGGAGCAGAAGAAUGAUGACAAGGAUGGUGGCUGCAUCCUAGAUCCCUGGCACAUCAUCCGGAAUAGCUUCUCCUGCGCCGCGCAAGGGAAGAGAAAAAGGAAUGACCAAGUCCAGGGAGAAGCUUCGUGUGGCCAAGAGAUCGAUGCGGCAUAUACCGAUAACAUGUCAGGCAAGGACGCGACAUCGGAGCAGAUCAUCGACUACAUUCUCAACAUGCUGGAGCUGAGAGACAGACUUGAGUUGUUUGCGAUGCCGGAUGACAUCCAGGUGGGUGAUUGCACGGAACGGGUAGAGAGGCCCGGCGAUUUCGCGACGUUAAGGCAGAAGAACACAGAUGGCACCUACAAGACGCUAGAGCAAUUCGAGAAGGAUGUGUACAUGGUGUUCCAGAAGGCAAUGUCCAUAAACAGCCAGGACACCAUACCUUACAAAGAGGCCGUGGCGUUGCUGGAUCAAGCCAAGCAGGUUUUCCUGUCCCUCAAGAAGAACCGGAUGUACUCCGAGUCGGACCUCCUGGCCUGGCGUCACAAGCAACUCGACGCCGGGCCCAGCAAGGCAGCGAGAGAUCAACAAGGCGGCGAUGCUGCUGUUACACCUGCACAGCAGCGGCCCAGCAUCACGCCGCUGAGGAAGAAGGCCGGCGAGAAGAAACACCAGAUCGGCAAGGGAGGAAUCAGAAGCACGCCAUCGCCGGUAAAGAGAGCAAGAAAAGGUAAUGAGUCGAUGAGACGACAUCGAUCCAAUGCACAUCCAAAGAGAACAUUGCUGAAUGCUGACGUGAUGGCGCUGGCCACAGGGUUCGCAGCAGCGACAACGGAACCUGGUGGCGCCAGGGAGCUCAAAAGGAGGCUCACUUACAACGAUGUCGCUGGUCGGGCAACGCCGGUGACGCUGCCGCCGCCUGCCUUCCGAGAUGGGCAAGCUACCGUCGUUUAUGUAUGUAAAAUAUACUCUACUACUCCUAUAGUAGGAGUAACAAUCAUGGAUGCGUGGGAACUGAAGCAAGUUUUGGUGCAGCAACAUGCGCAGGUGCAGGGAGGGCACACGUACCAGGAAAGCCUCCGGCGCUACGUGCGGGACGCAGGGCUCAAGGCAAGGCUGGCCACCGAGUUUAAGAUCCUCGAAUGUGACACUCGGGGCAGGCACAACCCCUCGCCGGCCUCCUACUGGAACGGUUUCGCCCCCAACGCCGGCACCUACUACCCCUCAAGUGCCGCCGCCGCCGCCUCCACCGCGCUCCGCACAAUGUCACCGGCGUCCGGUGGCGAGCGGCCUUUUCCGGAUUGCAAGCUGGAGACGGACGACCUGCUCAGCCUCGUCAUGCUCAUGGGCACGCCCGCCUUCUUGGAGAGAGCUAAGCACAUGUUUGGUUACACGGCCGCUGAGGACAGCUCCAAGGUGACCAGAGCGGCCGGCGACGCAAAGGUCGCCGUCACAGAAGCGCCACAGACGAGUGAGCCAGGCGAUCCGGCGGCAGCCACUUUCGGACCGUUCGCUCCGCCCAAGUUGCCCCUUAGCCGGCUGGGCUUCAGCCAGUUCGCCGGCUCUUCGGCCCAGCCGUUCAUGGUGAAGUCGAAUUCUGCCGGGGAGAAGAGACGAGAAUGAAGGACGAACCCAACUCCAGCAAGUUCACUCCGUCCAGGGAGAAGAGACGAGAAUGAAGGACGAACCCAACUCCAGCAAGUU